UAACUAAUAAACCUUAUUGUAGCUUAAAGUGUUACUGAAAAUGUAAUUCCAACUUUCUCUUAGAAAUCUGGGGCCGUAUUCACAAAACAUUUUAUCUUACCACUAAGAGUUCUCCUAAAUAGCAGUAAAAGUUCUUAGCUAAGAGUUUUACUAGACUGAAGUCUUAAGCUAAGAGUAAGAGCAGGGUUGACCUCAUUGCUAUGGAGUAUAGACACAGUGAUUGGCUGAUGGGGCAACACAGUCUCACCCCCUACUCGUCAAAUGUCUGACGCAUGGUCAGUAGACCCUGGCGUCACUUUUUAACGCACUGGGUAUACCUUUGGCGUUAUUUUUCGACGUGCAGGGUAGUCCGAUAGACUUCUAUAGAACUCAACAGCGUUGAAAUUUGACGUCUUGGGUCAGCACACCGCAACCCGUUGUCUGCCUUAUGGGUCGACACUACAAUAAAUAAAAAUAAAAAAGGAAUAGGCUACAAAAAAUGAUUUAGUAAGCAUUUUAAGUAAGCAUUUUAAGAGUUUUCUUGUCAUAGGUAGGACACUGCUGUAAUUAUAGCAGGCUGGAUAACGUUUUUAUCGGAGGUUUGUUGAUUUUAAUAAAUAUAUAUAAUAUGCUACGAUUGAGUUCAAUUAAUCUUUUUUUGUUGUUGUUGUUUUAUUAAAUCCUCUAAAUUAAUAACGCUGACGUGAACGUAUGGGCGAUCCCAAGGUCCAUUGCGAUUUUACACUCGGUCCCCUAGUCCCUUCAUCAUUUACUUUAAAACUUCAGCUUCGUUACAAAGCAAAAACAAAGGCACUUUUUAGAGCCACGUUUGUCUAGUUAAUUGUUGUCAGUCCAUCUGGUUCUCUGUUGUUCUUGCUCUUUUGCUCUUCCCCCUAUCCCUUUAGUGUUGUCUUGUUUGUCCUUGUUCAUCAUGAGUGACCAUUCCAAUUUCGAACAGGUCCUUAAUGAGCUUGAUGAGCUUGUUGAACAUUCUAAAUUAAAUUAUGAACUCAAGACCUUGGAAGAUUUCAUCAAUAAGAUGCCGGGAGAACAGGAGGCAGCACCAUCCACCAGCCAUCAACCAGUCCAGAAGGCUCCACCAUCCACCAGCCAUCAACCUGUCAGGUGGCUGAAGAGAGACAGUGAUGGAAAUGUUGUCUAUGACAGACCAAGAUCAUCCCGAAACCAAACAGCUACUAGUCACAGCUACAGUCGUAAGACUGGUGCUCAUACUAGGAUGUUGGACAGCAGCAUUGAGAUGACCAACUACUGUCCUCCUGACACUGUUGAGACUUUCCUUGAAGAGCUAAACCACUCACAGGGUGAUGACUUGGAUGAUCAGGAAACGGCACCAGCACCACCACGAGCUUCCUCAGACUGGUCUACUCGAAAAAGUCUCCUCUCAGAGAGGUGGGAGAAAGAGAGACCCUGUCUGGUGAAUACCAUGGUGGCACAACAAAAUGCGACAACUCAGAUCUGCCAACAAUGUGGCAGCAGUCCAGCUGCUGUCCGUUGUCGUGACUGCCGACCACAACCAUUCUUCUGUGCUGAUUGUGAUGUUAGUAUACACCGAAACCACGUGUUCCACAACAGGGAUGCAACAAUAGCUGGAUUCUUUCAGCCAUUGCCUCCAACAACCUGUGUCGUGGAGAGGGCUCUUUCCCAGUGUGUGUGUAUUGUGCCGUUGGAGAUGCCCGAGAAAAUAUGUAGUUGUUCUCCAGGAUCGUUGAGUGUCAACCCAGGAAAAGUUGUUGCUGUGGUUACAAUGAAUGGACGAUAUGAUCUCAGUAUGCCUGAGAUGAAAUGCGAGGCAUGCAAAGCCACUUGGAGCGCUGGAGUGGAUGACCUGGUCCGAAAUGACUACUGGCCUGCUACCCUUCACUUUUCCACGGUGUACGCUACAGAUGUGUUUUGUUCAUAUGAAGAGUUGAAGAUGGCAGCACCAGGACUGUCCUGCCAAGCAUUUUUAAGAAUGCUUGAUCAACGAACUGUCCGAUUUGGCCGUACUGGGAAGAUCACAGCAGACAGCUUCAGAAAAAGCUUUUUGGAGUGGGAGGCUGUUAGAUUUGAGGUGGAUAAGAUCUGCAGGGAGGAGCAUUUUGUCUGUCCUGCGUGCACCCCAGACAUGCUUGCUGUUUCUGUGGAUGGAAAUCGCAAGCACUACCGCUUUAAGAAUGCAGCAAGAUCUGAAGAACAAGCCUUAUUUGAUGGCAUCUUCAUUGCAAAAGAUGAUGAAGUAGAGAGAUUUGUGGAUUACAUUCAUUCUACCACCAACCAUGUCUCUGGAAGAGGUGUCUGUGGAGGGGAGUGGUCAGCUGCCAGGGAAACGUCUCAGAGAUCCUCAAGUAAAAUUGAUGAGGAGGGACUUGAGCUUGCAGUCUGUCGACAUGGAGUUUUUCUUGGCGCUCUCAACAUGUUCAGGGGAGAAAUCUAUGCUUAUCCCCUCUACCUGCAGAACAAGCUGGCAAAUAAGCCAAUAAGCUUUUUUGCCAUGGAUGUAACCUGCAAGUACUGGCCCUACCUCAACAAAGUGGCAAAAAGCUGCCCGGAGCUCCAGCACCUACUUAGCAUGAAACCGUUUCUCUCAGUGUUUCAUGCCAAAGCCCAUGAUUUUAAAUGUGAGGUUAAAUGGAGUGGAGCUUACCAGCAAGGGGCCGGAUUGACACUUGGGGAGGAGGUUGAGCAGUGUAACGCCUUCCUCUCUAGGAUUGCUGUGACCACGAAGCACAUGUCCAAAGCAGGACGUACAGACAUGCUUACACUGAUGGCCAUGCGCUGGAAUCAGCAAAAGUUUAAGAACUUGGCUACUUCACUUGCCUGCCGAUAUCAGAAGGCCACAAAACGCCUGGAGAGCCAACUUCAGGACCUGGAAAGCAUGAGAAUCCAGCUGGCAGUGACACAGGUUGAAGUUGAGGGCUGGGUCACUGAUAUUAAGGAGUGGGCAGAAGCAACAACAUCCCAAAAGAAUGCCGAUCUUGACGCGGUGACCAGUAGAAUGGAGGUGCUGGUGGCCAGCAUUAAAAGAAGGUCCCAGCGCCUUUACAAAGACACCGAUGGCAGCAAAGGUCGGGCCCGGAUUCGGCGCAAAAUCAGAGAGGAGAAGGCCAUUCUUAGCUCUGUUGUUGAAAAAUACAACAGUAUGGUUCCAGAUACAGAAAGAAUCGCCUUUGACAUCAUUCUCUCUGACGAGACAGUUUGGCCAUGGCAACUUUCACAUCGUGACGCUGUAGAUUUGAAAACCAAGAGGAAGGCGUUUGAUGUUGUGAUGGCAAUAAGGAGACUUGAGGAGGAGAAGAAGAUUGUUCUUUCUGAGAUGGCAAAGCAUUGGAAAUCUCUCUCCACUCGUGCAGACACACUCAAGGAGAUGUCAUGCCAGCUUUCCAGUGAGGCAUUGAAAAGUGAGCUGUGGGCUCUAAACGAAGAAGGGAUCAAGGGUUUCCUCAGCUUAACUUUGAGAAAAAAGCAAGAAGUCACCAGAAUGAUGAAGCAUGCAAGAGACUGUUAUGCUCAAGUUUUGACUGGAACAAGUAUGGACUUCCAGAAUGAUUGGGAUGGAUACGACAGUGAUUCUGAACUGUCAGACGACUGAGUAUGAGGAGCUCUCAAAGUGAGAAAUGAGCAUUAACUCACUUUUGUUUUGAUUCCUUAUAUUUGUCAGUGUUUCCUUUUUAGUUUUUUAGGUUUUUUAGCAGUGGGGGCAGGUCCAAAAAAAUCACCAGUUAACUUAAUUUAAAUUUGCAAGACCAGGCUUAAAUGAACUGACAACAUAAGUUAUACGACUUACGGUUCUCAAGAACGUACACACACAAUCUCAACUGGCUUAUCAUCCGUACAGCGUCUCUUUUUCCUUUCUCCCUUUUUCUGCUGAGUGACGCGCAUGCCCGCUUUCAUACAUUCAUAUAUUUCUGAUAUACAAAUCUUUGUAAUGUAAACAGUUUAAAAAUGUCAUUACAAAGUGACAAUUAUAUUUUGGAUAUAAAUAUAAAUUCUCUUCAGCGUUCUGCUUUCUCCACCCCAUUCUAUCAGGGAAAUCUGUAGAAGCUUAACAGGUUUAACAGAGGCCAUCCUUAUAUUUAACAUAUUUCAGAAAUGAAAUGCCAUUUCUUUCAGCCUAAAGGCCUGGCCCCCAUCUUGGGAACAUAGGAAUGACUGUGUCAUAGAAGAAGGUCUGCUAAAAUGACUGUUGUCACAUUGCUGGUUCCAAGAAACAAAAAAAUGUGGCCAUGUGGACAACAAUAAAGUUCUACUGUUCUUCUAAUGUUGUAAAUAAAAAUUAUUUGUUUAUAAAUCUCUGCUUCAUUAUUCAAAAUGUUUCCUUAAUUUUGGACAAUAAACACUGUUUUCGUACAAGCUGCUGUCUAAGUAACAUUUUAAAGCCUUGUAGUACUCAAGGUAUAGCCAGCUUUGGUGUUAUGAAUAACCUUACAGUUGACACUAACCAUAUUCUUGUAUCUACACUGUUUUUGGAAAAAAAAAAAAAAAAAGACACGUUUGUAAAAUGGAGCUUGCCCUCAAUAUGUUUUCCAUGUGUAAAUGAAGUUUACUGCUACACACUAUAUAAGUUUGUAACAAAUAAAAAGGAACAUUUAAGUGUAUUGACUACAAAACAGCUUUCCCAUGAGUUAUAGCCAUGUUUUCAACCAUUGUCAGCACACCUGAGAAGUCAAUAAAAAAAGUAAUAGUACUUAAUAAAUUAUUAAUACAAUGAUUUUACUGUCAUAAUCAGCCAGACAGUGUGUCACAUACAGUAGGUUCUGACAUAACAGUUAACGUUAGGCGUUAUUGGCUUGAAAUGCUCCAGAUCCAGGCCUAUGUAACGUUAGAUGAGCAACUUUUCUCGUAGUUUUCUCUUCCUUUUCCAAUUGGCUGCUUUGUAGUGAGAAAUGUGCAUUUUAUUUUUACAAAACUAAAGAUACAGAUAAUAUACAUUCAUUGAA